UUAAUACUGGACUUCAAGCAUUUGUAAGCGCCAUUUACAAAGUGUCUUUCUGUUCAUCAUGACUGAGGCUUCAGGAAGGAGUCAAAAGAAGAUCGCUCAGAAAAGCCGCACGCCCCUCGCACCCAUCCAGCCUGUUGCUGGUAAGGAGAACAAAUACGUUACGAGUGCAAGACCUCCGAAAGUAAGCGUAAAGACACGGAAGUUGGGCAAGAAAUCUAGCUUGAAGGUCAGUGCAGGUCAUGCUGUUCAAACGUCGACAACAGUGGGCUCUACAAGUGUAAGCCUCCUACAGGCUACUUUGAGCCACGCGAGACAUGCUUGUGAACCAGAACAGCAAUCGAAGUCGUUUACACAAGAUGAAACUGAUGAUGACGUAGCAGCUAUGCUGACGUCAGAAGAACCAACUGGCUUGUAUUACAAACUGCUAGCCGAAGAACGGCGUAUUGCACUUAAGGAGACGCUGGAGGAAAACAGGAGGCUUUAUGAAAAAAUAGACGACUUGACACACAGAAUUAAGAUUUUGGAGGAGCAAGCCAACUGUGCUGUGUACUUUUCGUCUCUUUGUGCUGCUUUGAAGGCCGAUAAAACACAAACUGUAGAAAGUCCCGGAUGUUUGUCAAAUGAUGAUCGUGUUGUUGCUGUUAGUUUACAACAUUCAGGGCACAGACCAAAACUAGGGAGACAGUUUUAGUUAGGUAAUAGAGAGAGACAUAUAUUGUGUUGUAUUGAAGAGUAUAUCAUAUGACAAGUUUGGAUA